AUGGACCAAAGCAAGGUUUCAGAAGCUAAAGUAGAGAAGAGAAUGAAUAAGGCUGAGCUCAAAGUUUUAGAGAUGGAGUCCAAGCUAGUUGAGGCAGAAGCAAACUGUGCAGCCCAGACCUCUAAGGUCAAGGGGGUUGAAGCUGAGAAUGUGGUGAGGGUUAGUGUGGCUACGAAUGAGCCAAUCCCAAUAAGUGAUGGGAAUUCGGGUGAAAGUGUAAUGUCCCUUCUUCAGUUUCCUUCUCCUACACUUCAUAUCCAUCUUAAAGACCCUAUUGUACUAGACACCCUUGACGUCAACCCGAAUCUGGGCGAGUUUAGAGAGAUUGAAGACAUGUUUAUGAUGGCAAAGGAAGGCUUGAGAGGAAGCAUGGCGGUGCUCGCGGAGGGAGCAACCAAGAAGGUGGUGCCAAAAAUGGAAACUUUUGUGACUCCUAUGGGGAUGUUUUGA